AUGGCGGUCAAGUUCACGAAGAUGAUGAUCGUCUUUGCUCUCUUUUUUCUAUCCAUUUUCUCCUCAUUUUCCUCUUGUCCUGAUUAUCAAAAACAAUCCCUUCUUCAGUUCAAAUCCGUCUUGCUCAAUGCAACAACUAAAAACUCCGGCUUCUUACAAUCAUGGAAUUCCAGUGCUUCCGACUGUUGCUCUUGGGAUAGGGUCAUUUGCUCCCCGUUCCAGCAGGUUGUUGAAUUACAUCUUAAUUUCCUAAUCACUGACUUGAAUUCGAUGGUUCUUUCUUCCUCUGUUCUGGCUCCCCUGUUUCAUAUAACCUCCCUAACGCUACUAGACGUAUCCUUCAAUUAUUUCCAUGGUGAUCUUCCAACUGAAGGCUGGGACAAUCUCACCACAUUGGUCCAUCUUGACAUGAGUUCUAUUUCAGCCACAGGCAAAAUUCCCACACAAUUAUAUCGCUUGAGAUCCCUUAGUGCUCUAUACUUAUCAGAUAAUAAGUUUUCGGGCUCUUUGAGUCCUGAAAUCGGGAACUUAACUAGUCUCGUCACGUUAGAUUUGGGUUCGAAUUAUUUUGGUGGAAAGAUCCCUGAGGAGAUUGGAAACCUCACCGAGUUACAAAGCCUUUACCUGAAUAAAAAUGGCUUCUUCGGUGGAAUUCCAUUGUCAGUUCUGAAUUUGAAACAACUUCAGGAGUUAGAUUUGAGUUACAACCAAUUGUCUCUCCAGAUUCCAACUAACAUAGGACAUUUGCUUAACCUGUCUAAAUUGUCUUUGAGCAACAACAAGUUCACGGGUGAAAUUCCUCUGUCAUUGCAGAAUCUGACGAAAAUGAGGGAUCUUAGGCUCCGAGAUAACUCGCUCACCGGAGAAUUACCAUCUUGGUUGUUCGAUUUCGAGACGCUCUAUGUAUUGUAUCUUGGAGGCAAUAACUUGAUGUGGAAACACAAUAACUCCAAAAUAGUACCCAAAUCCAGGUUAUCUUAUCUUUCUCUGGGAUCCUGCGGUUUGACAGGGGAAAUCCCUGAAUGGAUUUCGACCCAAAAAGGCCUUCGUUAUUUGGAUUUGAACAAGAACAAUCUCUCGGGAACAUUUCCACUUUGGCUAGCUGAGAUGAAGCUUCUUUAUGUGAUUAUCUCAGAUAACAAACUCGCUGGCUCUCUUCCUCCUCAGCUCUUCAAAACCAACACCUUGGAAUUCCUUGAUCUAUCGCGGAAUCGCUUCUCGGGCGAGCUACCGGGCAAUAUUGGUGAUGCUACCAAAGUUAUGGUUCUUAUGUUGUCGGAAAACAACUUCUCCGGGUCUCUUCCUAGCUCCAUGUCUUUCAUGGAAAGCCUACAACUUUUGGAUUUAUCAAAGAACAAGUUCUCUGGAAACAACUUUCCAUCAUUCGGUGGCGAUUCGCUUGAACUAAUUAAUUUGUCUUCCAAUGAGUUGUCAGGUGAAAUUCCGGUAGCCUUCCCACAGAUAACAAGGAUUCUUCUCUUGGGUAACAACAAAUUCUCUGGAGCAAUUCCUCGAAACCUCACCAGCUUGAUCAAACUUGAACAACUCGAUCUUCAUGAUAACAGAAUUUCAGGGGAAUUCCCUGAUUUUCUAACAGAAAUUUCCACUCUUCAGAUCCUAAUCCUCAGAAACACAUCCCUUCAAGGUUUUAUCCCAAACAACAUUUGUGAACUCAAUGACCUCCGAAUCCUUGAUUUUUCCCGGAAUAAUCUUACAGGAAACAUCCCAAAAGAUCUUGGAAAUCUCACCAGAAUGACCGAAAAGCCUCCAGCAGAUUCCGUCCUAGCAACUUACUUCAUAAUGCCAUUUGAACUAGACAAGCCCUUAUCUCACGUCUCCGAAUUGAUUGUCAACUGGAAGAGAUCAAUGCUGGCACUUCCAUCAGCUCCAGGACUCGACGAUGUUUAUUCAUUAUUAGACUUGUCCAUGAACAAACUCUCAGGUGAAAUUCCAACAACACUUGGUAAUCUCAAAGGGCUGAAAAUAUUGAACAUUUCCUUCAACAAUGUAUCCGGAACCAUACCAUACAACUUUGGGUACUUGGAGAAUCUGGAGAGUUUGGACUUGUCACAUAACGAUCUCUCUGGCGUGAUCCCGCCAUCGUUUAAGAACCUGCAACAACUCACUACUUUGGAUGUUAGCUACAACCAGCUCGAGGGUCCGAUUCCCACAGGUGGACAAAUGGAUAGCAUGAAUAACCCGAACGACUUUGCUAAUAACAUGGGGUUGUGUGGGAUUCAAAUACGACUGCCAUGUCAAGUGAAUACACCGUCUUUGCCGAGUUCAGGACACGGUGAUGAGACCCAUGAUGAGUCAAGUUUUUCCUGGGAAGGAGCUCUGAUUGGUUUUCCAGUUGGGGUUUUCCUUACCAUUUUGAUCAUAUAUUUAACUGGUUGGUUUCAAGCAGCCACAUUUGCCCCAAUUCCUGGUAGGAGGCGCCAGAGAAGAAGAGCUAUCUCAAGGAGGAUCAGAGUCUAGAUACAUAAAACAUCAUCAUAACACUAUUGUGAUGAAAUGACUUAAAAUUCACGUGACUCUCAAAACAGCAAGCCGGAAACAGAAUUUCCGAUUACUAAUUGAUUUCUAAUCCAAUAAUUUGUUCUACAAGCCAAACAACCAUGACUCGUGGUUCGUUAGGUUUUUUAUAGCUGG